AUGGCAGAUACACCCUCAGGCAAUACGCCAGGAAUUGUUCGACGUGGAACUCUGGCAUUUGGCCAACUUGGACAAGAAGCCCGUCUCGACCCCAAUUAUGGAUCCGUCGAAGCACCCGAGACAGGUGAAAGCGUGAGCCCCAGCAGUGGCAAGAGGAAGCCGCUGGAUCGGCGUCAGACCUUCACCGAGGGGGAGAUCCAACAUCCCAGCAAGUACCAGACCUGGACCAUCGAACAAGAUGAGGACACCAUGAGCGAUCUCUCUUUGGUCAUCAACAUGCUGGCCGACAUUUCGCCUGCUGGAGUGCUGCCGUUGGCCUUCGGCAUGUCUGGCACAGGCUACAUCCCUUCAAUCAUGCUGCUCCUCCUGUUUGGAACGGCUGCUGCUUACAUGAUGUUUCUCGUCUCCCGCACCAUUGAGAUCGCAGGCGUCAAGAGCUACGAUCGUCUGUGGGAGAAAUGCAUUGGACGUGAUAGCAAGUGGAUUCCCACCGUGGUGCUGUGGUUGGUGUGCUUUGGAAAUGCUUUGGCCUACAUUUGCAUGGUCGGAGACCUCAUCUCCAUGUGUUUGCCAGGAUUUGGAAUCCACUUCCUUCCACGAUCCUAUUGCAUUGCCCUCCUGGCUCUCUUCCCACUGUUGCCCCUUUGCAUGCUGAAAGACCUCUCAGCACUGGCGCCCACAUCUUUCCUCGCCUUGAUCGCCGUCCUCUACAUGGCCAUCAUGAUGGUGAUCCGCUAUGCAGACGGCUCCUACUUGCCAGGUGGACAGUAUCAUGGAUUUCCCCGUCCCAGUGGGCAUGUGGCGAACUUCGGGAUUGCCUCGCUCCUCUUGGUGAACAACCUUUCCAUUGCUUUCCUCUGUCCCUCGGACCGUUGA